UGUUAAUGCUUUAAACUUGCUGCCAGCACAGGGAAGGAAAGAGCUGCAGGAGGCACAUCUGUGCAUCCCCACAUAGCUUGCUGUCCUUAGUGGGUUUUUAAAUGUACUUAGGUUUAUACUUCACUUAGCCCCCCCCAAACUAAAGAAGAAUAACAGUUUCAUGCCUAUAUAUCAUUUUUUUUUUUGUUAAUAUUUUUACACCUGUUUGAAGUGAAAAAAUGAUUCAGAGAAGUUUGACCAUCUUUGUAGCAUCUCAGAUCUUCCUUCUACUGCUGCAUCUACCACAGUCCUUCAAUCACAGAGCAACUGGACCCAGGUUUUUAAUAAGUGACCGGGACAGGGACCCACAAUGUAACCCUCACUGCUCCAGGACGCAGUCCAAACCCGUUUGUGCUUCAGAUGGUCGAACCUAUGAAUCCAUGUGUGAUUACCAGCGAGCCAAGUGCAAGGACACUGCCCUGAGUGUAUCUCACCGAGGAAGGUGCAAAGAUGUCGGCCAGAGCAAAUGUCGGCUGGAGAGGACACAAGCCCUGGAACAAGCGAAGAAGCCUCAGGAAGCUGUCUUUAUCCCAGAAUGCAAUGAGGAUGGAUCUUUUACUCAAGUGCAAUGCCACACUUAUACUGGAUAUUGCUGGUGUGUCACUCCCGAUGGCAAACCUGUCAGUGGUUCCUCUGUACAGAACAAAACCCCUACAUGUUCAGGUUCAGUAACUGAUAAGCCCUCAAGCUACGGUAACUCGGGAAGAAAAGUUUCUUUUCGUUUCUUUCUCAUUCUAAAUUCAGAUGACGGGUCCAAGCCAACACCUACAAUGGAGACACGGCCUGUUUUCGAAGGAGAAGAUAUCACUGCACCAACGCUGUGGAUCAAGCACCUUGUUAUCAAAGAUGCAAAACUAAAUGGCUCUAGCAUGAGGCAAUCAGAGAAGGUUAAUUCCUGUGAUCAAGAAAGGCAAAGUGCUCUAGAAGAGGCGAGAGAUAAUCCACGAGAGGGAAUUGUAAUUCCAGAGUGUUCGCCAGGCGGUCUUUACAAACCGGUGCAGUGUCACCAAUCCACGGGCUAUUGUUGGUGCGUUUUAGUAGACACCGGACGCCCCUUGCCUGGAACAUCUACACGAUAUGAAACACCAGUUUGUGAAAGUGAUGCAAGAUGGAGAAGUACAGACACGGAGGACCCAUUUAAAGACAGAGAGCUGCCAGGUUGUCCUGAUGGAAAGAAGCUGGAAUUCAUCACGAGUUUACUGGACGCUCUGACCACAGACAUGGUGCAGGCAAUCAACUCUGCAUUCCCAGCAGCAGGCGGCAGGUUCUCAGAACCAGAUCCCAACCACACACUGGAGGAACGUGUAGUUCUUUGGUAUUUCAACCAACUUGACAGCAACGGCAGUGAGGAUAUCAAUAAGAAAGAGAUGAAACCUUUCAAGAGAUAUGUAAAGAAGAAAGCCAAACCUAAGAAAUGUGGCAGAAAAUUUACUGACUACUGUGACCUAAACAAGGACAAAUCCAUCUCACUCACAGAACUGAAAGGCUGUCUAGGUGUCCGUAAAGAUCCAGGUACCGCUGCUGGCAGUUUUCCUCCUGGAAGGAGACCGGGGUCUAACCCUUUCAUAGGUCGCCUAGUGUAAAGAUCCAUACCCACAUAAUAUGAAGAGUAAAGAAGAAGACGGGCCUCAUCACAUCCAACCAAUUACGGAUGCAGCCAAUGGAGCUCUCAACAUUUGCACUUUUAAGUGGACUUUAUACAUAAAUUAAAAAAAAAAUCCAAGAAGAGUUUUUUUUUUCCUUUUAGAUUAUUUUAAUGAAGAAUCUGCUACUGACAAAUUAGUAACUGAACUCAUUGUGACUCUGGAUAAAGAAAGGAUAAAGAAAGGAGAUUGUGUAUAUAAUUGUAUAUGUAAAUUGUACAGUCCCAUUUGUACAGGUCUUAACACUUUUGUCUUUUAGAAGAUUCUAGUGGGCAUCCUGUCCAUUUUUGCUGAUUUUUCUAUUGUGACUAUAGCAUUCGUGUUUGUUUUUGCUUUUGUUU